GGGUUUCCACCAUGAAGUUUGACGAUUUCCUGUUCACCUAUUUAGGUGAGAUGGGAAAAUACCAAAAAAUCCAAUUUUUCUUGGUUUGCCUCCCAACAAUCGUCGUUUCGAUGCACGCCUUGUCAUGGACGUUUGCCUCUGUGGAUACACCUUAUAGAUGCCGCCUACCAUCAGAUUUACCCGAAAAAGAGCCCUACUACACGACGCUGCUCAACUUUACAAAAUGCACCAACGACGCGGACGCCAAUGUUCCAAUUUCAGAAUAUGGAAAACCAGGGGUUACGUGUCACUACGACCGCUGCACACUGCCGGACAACGAAACGUGCCACGAACACAUUUUCGACCAUUCGAAAGUCGAAUAUACCGCUGUUCAGAGGUGGGAAAUAACAUGUGAUCGAUCGUGGAUCAAAGCCACCAUCCAAGCAGCCUACUACGUCGGUCAAAUGGCCGGCUCCACCACAUUCGGCAUGCUCGGCGACCGAAUCGGCCGUAAAAAAGUGUUCUUCCUGGCGAUUGUCAUCCAAAUCACGUGUGCAUAUCUUAUCGCAAUUGCUCCAUACUGGUGGCUCUAUGCUCUUGCCCGUGCCGGAACCGGAUUCUCUCAUCCCGGAAUUUUUGUGAUCGCUGUCGUGAUUGGUAUGGAGCUCGUUGGACCAAAGUACCGGAAAUUGGCCUCAGUCAUUACGGGACUGUUUUUCGCGUUGGGACAGAUUUUCCUCGGCAUCGAGGCCAUCUAUUUCACAAAUUAUCAAAUCCUGCACGUCGUCAUCGCCUCACCGGCUCUUCUAUUCCUUUCCUAUUGGUGGCUAGUACCCGAGUCGGCUCGGUGGCUCGUCUCCCAAAAACGCUACAAAGAAGCCGAUGAAGUGCUCCAAAAAGCGGCAAGCGUCAACGGAACAGUGCUCCCAGAGAAUUGGUGGGAGCAAUUGGAUGAUUCGACGACCGGCGGCGGCGGAGCUCCCGGAGCCCCGACGAAAAAGCUCACCGGAGCCGAUCUUUUCAGAACUCCAGAGCUCCGAAAACGAACAUUGGUGGUGUUUUUCUUGUGGCCUGUCAUUUCGAUGGUCUAUUAUGGAAUGGCGAUGAAAGCGAAUGUGCUCGGCGGUGAUAUUUAUGUGAAUUUCAUUUUUGCCGCUUUUGUCGAGAUUCCGGCGCUUUUUAUUGUGUAUUUAUUGAUUGAUCGAAUCGGUCGCCGCCUGAUCCUCGCCGGAGGCCUCUUCAUCGCCGGUGCCUGCCUUCUCGUCAACUGGCUUAUGGGAGACAACGUCCAGCUUUGGAUGGCAAUCACUCAGAUGGCAUUCACCAAAGGAUCCAUCACCGGAGUUUACGCGGCGAUCUACACGUAUUCGCCAGAGCUCUUCCCGACUGUCAUCCGUAACACUGCGAUGGGCUUCUGCUCGACGAUUGCUCGUGUCGGCGCGAUCGCCGCUUCGUACAUCUCCAUGUGGAUCGCUGAGCAGUUUGGGAAGGUUUUCAUGAUUAUUCCGUUCGGGUGUAUGGCUGUGCUCGCCGCAGUGAUGACGUUGCUCUUUUUGCCUGAAACUAUGGGAAAACCACUGCCGGAGAGUAUUGAAGAGAUCGAGGAGGGAGAUUCGUACCGCAGCUCGCAUGAAAUGCAACCUCUUUCGAAAAGCACUGAAGAAACCGCAUAAAUUAUUAUUUGUUUUCCCAUUUCAUCUCUAGCCAAUGAGCUUCACUUAUAUAUUUUAUUUUUUUUCUCUCGUUCUCAGGUUCUACCAAUAAAGUCAAACUAAAGGUAAAAUUAUUUCAUU